UUGCUUGCAAAUGUUUGAGGAGAAUUUAAAACUUCUACUUGGCUCUUUAGCUUUGGCAGUUUUUGGAACUGCUCUAAUAAUAUUCAGUUUUUGCAUAACUUUUCUACCUAACGACAUGGAUAUUCAUGGCUGGAUUUUCCUCGUUGUUGGUAUAUUAUUUGCAAUUCCAGGCUUUUAUCAUUUAAUAUAUAUUUGUUGUGCUCUUUGUGGCCGGCCAGGUUAUUCAUUCGAUCAAUUACCUACACUCAAUAAAAACAGAAAAUCUUUGAUUAAUUAUUGAUGUUUGGGGUAGGGUUGGCGAUUCCGGAUAUUUGGAACAAAACUAUCCGGAGAGUUCCCAGGUCCGAUUUUCAGUAAUCCCCAGUAUCUGGAGAUUUCCCAGAUAAUCUCCUGUGGAACCGCCAACCCUCGUCUGGAGGACCAGCUUUGAUUUUUACUCUCAUAAUAUACUUUUUUAAAUCACUCAUAAUACAAUAACUUUUUCCACGUAUUCCAUUCAUUUUUAAACUUAAAUUCCACAAUAAUCUCAAAUUGUAAAAAAAACUGUUUCUA